GCGGCGCGAUGUUCUCGGCAGGAGCGGAGAGUUUGCUCCACCAGGCCAGGGAGAUCCAGGACGAGGAGCUGAAGAAGUUCUGUUCCCGGAUCAGUAAACUGCUGCAGGCGGAGGACUUGGGGCCGGACACCCUUGACUCCCUGCAGAGGCUCUUCCUCAUCAUCUCAGCCACGAAGUACAACCGGAGGCUGGAGAAGACAUGUGUAGACCUGCUGCAGGCCACUCUCGGCCUGGCCACGUGUCCCGAGCAGCUCCAGGUGCUUUGCGCCGCCAUCCUGCGAGAGAUGUCCCCCUCCGACAGCCUCAGCCUGGUCUGGGACCACACCCAGAACAGCCGGCAGCUGAACCUGGUGGCCUCCGUGCUCUUGGCCCAGGGUGACAGAAAUGAGGAGGUCAGUGCUGUGGGCCAGGGCGUGCUGCGAGCACUGGAGAGCCGGCAGCCUGAGGGGCCCAGCCUCAGAUACCUCCUCCCCAUCAUGGCCAAGGUCGUGGUCCUCAGCCCGGGCACCCUCCAGGAGGACCAGGCCACCCUGCUCAGCAAGCGGCUGGUCGACUGGCUGCGCUACGCUAGCCUCCAGCAAGGGCUCCCGCACUCCAGCAGCUUCUUCUCUACACCCAGGGCCCGGCAGCCGGGCCCCAUCACCGAGAUGGACGGGGCGGUGGCCACAGACUUCUUCACGGUGCUCUCCACCGGCCACCGCUUCACGGAGGACCAGUGGCUGAACGUGCAGGCCUUCUCCAUGCUGCGGGCGUGGCUGCUGCACAGUGGCCCCGAGGGCCUGGGCACCCUGGACACAGAUGACAGGUCAGAGCAGGAGGGCUCCACGCUGUCGGUGAUCUCCGCCACCUCCUCCUCCGCCGGCCGCCUGCUGCCGCCCCGGGAGCGGCUUCGGGAGGUGGCCUUCGAGUACUGCCAGCGCCUCAUUGAGCAGAGUAACCGACGGGCCCUGAGGAAGGGGGACUCCGACCUGCAGAAAGCUUGCCUGGUGGAGGCUGUGCUGGUGCUGGAUGUGCUGUGCCGGCAGGACCCGUCCUUCCUGUACCGAAGCCUCUCCUGCCUGAAGGCCCUGCACGGGCGGGUGCGCGGGGACCCGGCCUCUGUGCGGGUGCUGCUGCCCCUCGCCCGCUUCUUCCUGAGCCACGGUGAGCCCGGGGCGGGGUCUGGGACAGCAGUGGGGCUCUGGCCAGCUGCUCCCUCUGCUGCCCGCUCCACAGCUCCGAGCCCUGUCCAAACCCCUGCGCUGUGCCCGCAGUUCCUGGCCUGGAACAGCCCACCCCUCACCUCCGAGUUUGUGGCGCUCCUCCCGGCCCUGGUGGACGCCGGAACGGCCCUGGAGAUGCUGCAUGCGCUGCUGGACCUGCCCUGCUUGACGGCGGUGCUGGACCUGCAGCUCAGGUCAUCGCCGGCUCCAUCCGAGAGGCCACUCUGGGACACCUCUCUCAGGGCCCCCAGCUGCCUGGAAGCCUUCCGGGACCCGAAGUUCCAGGGCCUUUUCCAAUACCUGCUGCGCCCCAAGGCCAGCGGCACCACCGAGAGGUUGGUGCCACUCUACCAGCUGCUGCAGCCCAUGGCCGGCUGCGCCCGCGUGGCCCAGUGUGCCGAGGCCGUGCCCACGCUGCUGCAGGCGUUCUUCUCAGCGGUGACCCAGGUGGCUGACGGGGCCCUGAUCAACCAGCUGGCGCUGCUGCUCCUGGGCAGGAGCGACUCACUCUAUCCGGCCCCGGGGUAUGCAGCCCGUGUACACAGUGUGCUGAGCUCCCAGUUCCUGGCCCUGUGUACGUUGAAGCCCUCCCUGGUGGUGGAGCUGGCAAGAGACCUGCUGGAGUUCCUGGGCAGCGUGAACGGCCUUCGCAGCAGGGCGAGCCUCGUCACCAGUGUGGUGUGGGCCGUCGGCGAGUACCUAUCCGUGGCCUACGAUCGGAGGUGCACUGUGGAGCAGAUCAACAAGUUCUUCGAAGCCCUGGAGGCCCUGCUGUUCGAGGUCACCCAGUGCCGCCCCUCUGCUGCCCUGCCCAGGUGUCCCCCCAAGGUGGUCACCGCGCUGAUGACCACCCUGACGAAGCUGGCCUCCCGGAGCCAAGACCUGAUCCCCAGGGCCUCUCUGUUGCUGUCAAAGAUGAGGACCCUGACUCAGAGUCCAGCCACCGGCUCCAUGCACGGCGAGGAGGGUGCGGAAGCCAUCUGCACCCGGGCCACGGAGCUGCUGACCCUGCUGAAGAUGCCCAGUGUGGCCCAGUUUGUGCUCACACCCAGCACAGAGGUGUGCAGCCCCCGAUACCACCGCGAUGUCAACACGGCGCUGCCCCUGGCCCUGCGCACGGUCAGCCGGCUGGUGGAGAGGGAGGUCGGCCUCCUGCCGGGAUGAAGGGACAGCGGCCAGGGACGCCGGUGCAGAUGAAGAG